AUGAACCCUAGGUCUAAACAGCAGCCCAUCGGAGCCGAUCAUAUUUGUCCACAUAUAGGCAUUGUGGGUGCCGGGUUUGCAGGCUUGAGAUGCGCGGACAUGCUGUUGCAGCACGGUUGCCGUGUGACGAUUCUUGAAGCGCGCAACAGGCUUGGAGGCCGAGUCGCGCAGAGCAAUCAUCUCGGCCAUCUUGUGGACCUUGGCCCGAAUUGGAUUCACGGGACUGAGAACAAUCCCAUCUUGCGGAUAGCUCAACACAACGGAACGCGGCUGCAUGGCCUAAGCGAAGAAGAAGCCAUUAUCGAUCCUUUUGGCAAGCCUAUCGACUCGCAAGAAGCCGAGGAGCUCACGUCGAUUCUCUGGGACGAUGGACUGGUAGCAGAUGCUUUCCGUUACAGCAAUGAGCAUCAUGAUCGUAUCGAUCCCCUGGCAAGCCUUUAUGACUUCUUCGUUGAGAAGGCCGAGAAACUCUUUCUGAACGAACCACUAAAUGUUGCCAAGCGGAAGCGCGAGACGUUACUCAUGCUCACCAGCAUGUGGGGAGCAUACGUUGGCGAGCCAGUGCAAAGGCAAAGUCUGAAGUUCUUCUGGCUUGAGGAAUGCAUCGAAGGUAAGAAUCCUUUUGUAGCUGGAACCUAUGCCGGAGUCCUGGAAACCGUGGCGCAACCAGCGAGGAGCGGCGCAGACAUAGAAUUCAACAAGGUGGUCGACAGGAUCAUCUCUAAUGCUCAAGACGACCGUCGCAAUAGGCCACAGCUACGGACCAAGGACGGGACACUGCACGACUUCGACGAGAUUGUCAUUACAGCACCUCUCGGUUGGCUCAAACUGAACCAUGAGCGGGUGUUCGACCCUCCUUUGCCGUCCCGACUGUCCCAAGCGAUUGCCAACAUAGGGUAUGGCACGCUUGACAAGGUCUACAUCACCUUUUCAUCCGCCUUCUGGGAUACGCCUUCGUCGUCGCGUAACACUCAUCCCAAUGGUGUCGACCCGAAUAGCAAGACACCCAACAUCACUGCGACUUCGACAGCAAUCCAUCAGCCACUGGAUGGUGAAGAAAAUGGGCGACAACACUACGCCGGCUUUACGCACUGGCUGUCGCCCGCAUAUGCACCGAAUACAAAUCCUUCACGUUGGGAUCCGCAGGGAAUGAAUCUCGCGGCAUUGCCACCAGAAUGUGCUCACCCAACACUCCUUUUCUAUAUCUACGGGGAAUGUAGCAAGCAUAUUGCCAACAUCGUUGCUUCAUCGAGUGAUCACCCAGAGCGUGAUAGCAGGCUGCUUGCCUUCUUUGAGCCAUACUACACACUGCUUCCAAACUACAAUGCCUCGAACGCAGCUUGCAAGCCCAAAGCUGUACUUGCUACGGCAUGGGCAAAUGAUGAAUACGCCGGAUACGGUAGCUAUUCGAACUUCCAGGUUGGCCUGGAGAAGGGCGACGAAGAUAUCGAAACUAUGACGUACGGCAUGCCUGAGCGCGGCAUCUGGUUUGCCGGAGAACAUACAGCGCCGUUCAUCGCACUUGGUACCAGCACUGGAGCGUACUGGAGUGGCGAGAGUGUGGCGCACCGGAUACUUGAUGCAUAUGCUCUGCGCGAUAACGAAGCGCGAAGCAAGGAGGAAGACAGAGACGGGUGA